AUGCCUACAGCGCUCUUUGCAGCGCAACAACACCACGCAUUCGGCGCUGGCACACCGUUCGACCCCGACGUCCACUAUAUUCAUUCGCACCCGGACAAGAACCUCUACAUCAUCACCGAGUCCGACUAUGUUUCUGCUCUGAUCCCAUCCCAGCGCACCGUCUGCGCCAAACAAGCUCCCACGCGAUACCUAGGCCCCUCUCGACGCAUUGCUCUUCAGCACCACGACCACAACGGGAGGAAGGACCCAAGACCACUCAUGGCUGCAGUUCUGCAGCGUGCAAGCACCAUGCCGCUGGCCGCGCCGGGCAGCCCGCCCGACCUCACCAACUCGAAGAGCAGCAAGUCGAGCAGCUUCCACUCCGAGGGCCUCAGUGACAUGGGUCCCAGCGACCUCUCUCAUUUUGAGGACAUCAAUCUAGCCGACGACACGGGACCAGCAAACUUCCCCGUGCCUCAUUCCCCCAACCGCAUCCUCUUCGACGGUUCACGAUCUCGCAGCAUUCCGCAUGCAGCACCCCACUCAUUCCGCGACCUUACAAAGGGAUCGAAGCCACGCCCGGCGGCGAUGAAGAUCCAAACGAGCCACAACCUUCGUGCGGGGUCGCAGCUCCAUGCUCCUGGGAAGCAGCUCCGGAGGGGUUUUUCGUCACCAUCCGCUCCCUCGCUAGCCAACAUCACCAACCUUCAAGCCCCCGUCCGCCGCUCGCGCUCGCCUUCCCCGAACAAGCCGCUUCCGUCCUCUUCUUCCUCCCAACGUACCUUGUCGAGAAAGAGCUCCCGAAACCUGGAAGUUUCUCCCUCAAUGACUACUAGGAGACAGUCAUGGCAGCACGCUGCCCGCAAGUCAGCCAAGGAGCGGGAAGCAGAGUGUGACGACGAAGACGACGAACUUCCCGAGGACGCAGUCAUUUGGAAUGUGCCCAUCUCACCUCGACCUGUACAAGAGCGAUCCCCUGCACCUUCCUCAUGUGGUAGUCCACCUCAGACUUCGCCUAGUCCUGCAGCAAGCCGCCCCGUCUCACAACGCGGCGAUGCAUCCUCUAUGAAGACCUCCCCAGCUUUCUCAGAACGCCGCGUGCCCUCACAGCCACCGACUCCCGACCCGAGCAAGGAGAACGAGCCUCCUGCGCUGACCCGCCAGCCGACAAACACAUGGGAGGAGACAUACGGCACGCUCGACGCAGAUGCACGGAAGCUCACCGAGGCGCUGGAGGAGUACCAGACCGAAAUUGAGCAUCAGCAGGAGGUUAAGCGUCAGCAGCCGUUGUCACGCUCAUCGUCGGUAGGCGACCACGAGUCAAAGAAAAAAAAGGCGGUUCCGCUGCCCCCUGUCCGCAAGAGCGACCCGCUGAUCGACCCGUUCCAACCUUCAAUCGAGAAGGAGAAAUACCUCUCGCGCACUCGCCCGUCGUGGCUGCCGCCCAAGGAUCCGAAGGAGGAGAAGAAGCAUCUGAAGGAAUACCAGAAGAUGCUGGCGCGGAUCGAGGAAGCUGAACGCCUCGAAGCCAAACGUCAAGAGGACGAGGCAAUUGCCCGCGAGAAGGCCGAACGCAUCAAAGCCGAAUACUGGUCCAGCUUACUACUUCCCAACUGGGCGCAGGAAAUGGCCAAUGCCGAGCUCAAGGGCUCACACAGGAAGAUGUGGUGGAACGGUGUCCCGGCCAAGCUUCGCGGAGAAGUCUGGAAGAAAGCCAUUGGAAACGAGCUCGAGGUUUCGGAAGCUACUUACAACGUUGCUCUAGAGAAGGCCCAGCUGCAGGUCCAAGAGCUCGGCUCCUCCGCUCUCGAAGGCCGCUACGCUCGGAUAGUCGAGAGCACGAAGAGCGUCUUCGCGGAUCUGAAGAUGUUCGCCCCCGAAACGCAGGACUCGCCGGAGCAGCCGCUUCACCAGGAGCUUGUCAACAUCUGCAUCGCUUACAGCUCGUACCGUCCUGAUGUCGACACCACCGUCGGUAUUCACCACAUGGCCGCUCUGUUCCUGCUCAACCUCUCCGCAUCAGAUUCCUUCAUCGCGCUAUCGAACUUGAUGAACCGCGCUCUACCGCUCUCGUUCCUCAUCCAAGAUCAGAACGCCAUUACAGCCGCUUAUGAUACCACCCUUUCGGCGCUGGCUAAGAAGUGCCCGAGCAUGGCGCAUCGAUUGGCAGAACUCCGCGUCGAGCCCCGCGAUUAUCUAUUCGAGAUGUUCAGCGGGCUUUUCUGCGACCGUGUUUCAAUUGAGCAUGCCGCCCGUAUUAUGGACGUGUACACUAUCGAAGGCGACAAAAUCCCCGCUCGUGUUGCCGUGGCGCUGAUGGGCGCUCUCGAGGGCAGCUGCAUGAGCGGAGAGGCUGGCGACGUUGUAGAAGUCCUGAGAAGCAAGAAGUUGCGCGAAAGCCCUGACGAGUUCAUGGGCAAAGUGUACGAGGCGGGCAAGAGCUCGUAG